CAACAGCUAAGUGGCGGAUUCUGGCUGGGACUUGGGCUUGGGAGUCGGGGAAGGCGCCAGGCGCGGACAGAACCUCGGAGCCCGCCAUCUCUCUCUAGCCAUCACUACUGCAAAAAACCCCCUCCCUGAAGGAGGAGAAAGCACUAGAGAGAGACACUCUCUGUCUCAGUUCCCAGUCAGUUAGCUUGUUGCUGACAAAAUCUAAACACGGGAGAACGGACAUAGUCUCUCAGAUCGUGAAAAAUUUCUCCGACUGGGUCGACUGCACUGUCGACUGUUUGCCAGCUUCAUAAGCAAAGGGCAGCUUUGCUUUGGCCACCUAAGCCUUGAGCCAUGUCUCCUCCAACCGUGCCUCCUACUGGGGUGGAUGGCGUGUCCGCCUACCUGAUGAAGAAAAGGCACACUCACAAGAAGCAGCGGCGUAAGCCCACUUUCCUCACUCAUAGGAACAUCGUUGGCUGCCGCAUCCAGCACGGCUGGAAAGAAGGCAACGAGCCAGUGGAGCAAUGGAAGGGUACUGUGCUCGAGCAGGUUUCCGUGAAGCCCACUCUCUAUAUAAUUAAAUAUGACGGCAAAGACAGUGUGUACGGACUAGAACUGCACAGAGACAAGAGAGUUUUAGCUCUGGAAGUUCUUCCCGAGAGAGUUCCGUCUCCUCGCAUUGAUUCCCGCCUGGCAGAUUCCCUGGUUGGGAAAGCAGUGGGACACGUGUUCGAAGGUGAGCACGGCAAGAAAGAUGAGUGGAAGGGCAUGGUGUUGGCACGAGCUCCCAUAAUGGACACUUGGUUUUACAUCACCUACGAGAAAGAUCCGGUCCUCUAUAUGUACACCUUGCUGGAUGACUACAAAGAUGGUGACCUGCGUAUCAUCCCAGAUUCCAACUACUACUUCCCUACAGCAGAACAGGAGCCCGGGGAGGUGCUCGACAGUCUUGUGGGCAAGCAGGUGGAGCACGCCAAAGACGACGGAUCCAAGAGAACUGGCAUCUUUAUCCAUCAGGUGGUGGCCAAGCCAUCUGUCUACUUCAUCAAGUUUGACGACGAUAUUCACAUUUAUGUCUAUGGUUUGGUGAAAACCCCAUAAGCUUAUAGUGAACUGGGGGAACUAUUGGAGGUAAAAUAUUUGACGUUCUCAAAAUUAUGUGUUUUGAGAACAAUUUUGAGGUCAAAAGUUCAGGACGGUUGGUAAAUCUUAUUGUGCCUCUAUAUCUUAUAUUGACUAUUGCUCAGUUUUGAAUCAUGUGUAUCUUAGUACUUUCGUUGUUUUGUUGUUUGUUUUGUAAUUGAGAAUUUAAAUUGGUUGCUAAGAAAAAAGUUAAAAAGUGUUUGAAUCCACUGACACAAUUCAGAAGUAGAUAAACUGCGCAACAUGUCUCCGUCCAGAUUAGUUUGAGAACUUGGUUUUUAAUCUUAGGAUGGUUUCCCUACUCUCAGAAAGUUCGAUGUAGCUUUUGUAAGAUUCACCAGCCGAUGACAGACCUUCUGAUCAAUAGCGCAGUCAUCUCUGCCUCUCAGCCUGACACUUCCUCUCACAACUGUGUACACAGUAAUACAGAUUUGCCAAAAAGUAUUCAUUCUGUUGUUGGACUUGUAUUGCUGUUUUAUUGUAUUCAGGUGCUCUUAUUUCUAUGGAAGUGUUACGUAGGCAUAUAUAUAGUUUUAAGAAAUAUUGCAAGGUUGGUGUUCACUGGUCUUUAAUGUUCGAAAAGCUGACUGGUAAAAAGUUCCAUGAUUUUCCUGAUUAGUUUGUUUGGUGUUUACCUGAUUCAAUGAGAUUUAUUUUUCUA